UGGCUAGAUUUAUACUAGCCUUGAGUUAAUGCACGCAAUUAUAGAUGUGACGGCACUGUUUGCUGAAUAUUAUACUUCCUGUGGCUGGUCUGAUCAGAUAUCUCUGAAAAAGGUCAUGAGAGAAAGUGGCCAAGCACUGCAGAGAUGUUUGACAAGUCUGCAUUUAGUCACUAAUAGGGAAGUAUUCUGUCAGAUGUUAAGAGCUGCAUUAAAAGGUUUACAACAGAUGGGAUGCAACAUGGCCAUCACUGCUUUCUUUCUGAUAUGCUUAUUUUUCCCAGGCCUGCUUAUGGGAUCUGAAGUGCCCACAUAUACCUGUAAUUACAAUUCUACUUUCUUCGGACAAAAUCCCAAGAUUUGGUGCAAAAGAAAUCUUAACGACUCUAACUGUUGUGACACAAUUGCAACUACUCAGAUACUAAACAGUAGUGCUGUCAGAAUUACUGAUGACAAGAAUGGACUGAUAACUGUAAAUGUCAAUUCGUAUACAAGUCAAGAAGAGGGUACCUACUGGUGUGGCGUUAUUCAAGAUGGACACAUUUUUGUACUGGAGGAAUUCACCAUCUUCAAUAGACUAAAUCCAAUAUGGAGUAUUGCACGUUGGAUUACACUUGGUCUCCUCCUUUCUGUUCUGUUGUCUAUAAUGCUUUACUCCCGGUCUCCUUCUUCAAAGAAACAAGGAUAACAUCAAAUAUUCUGAAACUGGACAUGAACUGAGCAAGUAUAAGAAGAAAAGACAAAGAGCAUUUAAAUAAAUAACUGGAGAAGACAUAUCAAAGUGUACUGCAAAAAAUUAAACACUCAGUGUAAUGCAGUGAUGCUUGUUUUUGUUAAAAUGCAGAUUUCCUGAAAUUAUAUAUUAAAUAGUCACUUAUCUAGACUGUAUUUAUUAUAUGUAAAGCACAUGUGAUGUUCUACUGUCUUAACAAUUUCUGGUUUUCAGUUAUUCACAUUGAAGAUAGUCAUUUCAACAUCUGUGAAAGGUUAACAAAAUAUAAAGCUGGUUUUGUUUAGCAGUUUUAAAUCUUCAUAGCAUGAGCGUGUGAAAAACAUUGUAGCAGUAAAAAUGUGGUUAAUACUUUAGUCUAUGAAUCUUAUAAUGGAAAAUAAUUACAUCAACUUGUUAGUGACGGUGUUAUGUAUCUAGAUUAUCAACUUUCCUAAAAUGACCACUGAUGUGGUAAAAGCACUCACCUGGUUAAUAAAACCAGCUAAAUAAAAAUAUUAUAUCUCUAAAA